AAUCGUUGUCUUUAAUAUAAUACAGUAUUUGUUGUGUUUGUUAUUAUUUAUUAUAUUUUCUGAUAAAUUGUUUACAAAAUAUAUCAUAAACUCUACGAUCGGAUCCAUUGWUUGAUUAGUCCAUCACUUGACGGGACAAACCCAUUGAUUUGUAUCCGUCGAUAAUCAUGCCGUCGAUUGGCCAGUGGUUAGGCUUAGAAAAGUUACAGCGAUUGAUCCAAAUUGUCCGACAGAAUGGCGGUAUCUUUGGAUCUGUUUAUAAACUCUACAGGAUGGACGACCUGAAGAUGGGAACAUUGGUCGGAACCGAUAAGUUCGGCAACAAAUACUACGAGAAUAACGAGUACUUUCACGGACGCAAUCGUUGGGUUUAUUACUCGGAUGACUCGCACUUGGACUACGACGCCAGUCAGAUACCCGCCGAAUGGCACCAAUGGUUACACUAUACGACUGAUAUACCGCCCAGUGUUCAGCCGCCCGUACGGCACAAAUGGAUGAUCGAUCACACGCCUAACUAUUCGGGUACUGCUCUACAGUAUGUGCCAUACAGUACCACAAGAGAUAAGAUCCAGAAGUGGAGACCGGGUUUGAGGCAAAUUGAAGACAAGAAAUAGUUAUAUGUUUUAUUUUAUUUGUUAUAUUAGUUUUAAAAUAAAUAAUAAAAUUAAUUAAUUUUUGUUUUCUGUGCUUUUUAUGUGUAGUUUGAUUAGACAUAUGAUUGUAAUUAUAAAUAUAUAAAUAUUUACUGAAAAAUAUAUGAUAUAAUAAAUUAGU